CACCCAGAUCAUGCAGAAGAAAGGCCAGUGUCUUCAUCUCCACGUCCUUAAUACCUCCCAGCCUGCAUCUCCUCCUUAGUUAGUACUCCUUUGCUUCUUUGCAGCUCACGACUCGGGCCCGACUUCAUUUCUUUACAAAAUCUGUAUUGCUGGUGAAGAAUGAACAACACAAUAAACCAUAAUGAAAAGUUCCAGUUAAAAUUCUUACCCCCUGUUUUGGGGCUGGAGUUCUGCACUGGCUUACUGGGGAAUGCUUUUGCCCUGUGGAUGAUGGUGACGCGAGAGCGUCGGGACUGGCACUCAGGCGUGGUCUUCUCCUGCAACCUGGCCAUCAGUGACCUGCUCUACAUCUCCACACUGCCCAUGCUGCUUAUCUACUACAUGAAGAACAAGGACUGGACUUUUGGUGCAGCUCUCUGUAAGACCGAGCGCUUUCUCUUCACCUGUAACCUGUAUGUAAGCAUCCUCUUCAUCACCUGCAUCAGCCUGAACCGCUACCUGGCCAUCGUUCACCCCUUUUUUGCCCACCGCCACGUGCGACCCCACCACGCCAAAGUCACCAGCCUGCUUGUGUGGGUAGUGGUGGCACUCAUGUCCUCCCCUGUCCUCCGCUUUGCUCACACAUGCCCCAAGGAAAACACCACAGAAUGUGUCUCCUACUGCCUUGUGGAGGACCAGCAAGCUCAUUUCACAUACAGCAUCUUCCUGGCCGUAUUUGGAGGAUUGUUGCCCUUUAUAGUCACCCUGGUGUCUUAUGGCGCCAUCAUGUGGGUGGUGUGGAGAAAUCAGAAUAUUACAGAGCUUGAGAAGAGGAAGGUGGCGCUAUUGGUGGUCUCUGUGCUGGUCCUCUAUGCCGUGUCCGUAAUUCCCUACCACAUCCUGCGCAACUGGCACUUCCACCAAAGGAUGCAUGAUAUAAAUUUGACCAAAGUUUGGGUCUAUAAGGCUUACCAGGUGACCAAGGGGCUGGUGACCCUCAGCAUGUGCAUUCACCCCAUCCUGUACAUGGCUGUAUUCGACAGCAUCCGCACUGCCUGCUGUGGGAGCACUGGGUAGGGCUGACGCAAAUUGUAAAAAAAGGAUUGUAGACACCUUCAUAAUACAUUCAUAAACUAUUAUAAACACGGUUAUAACUAUUUAUGAAAAUUCAUACAUUAUAGCCCUGUUUAUUAUGCAUUAUGAAUGCUCUAUGACUAUACCUUCAUAAUGCAUUAUAAUAGAUAGAUAGAUAGAAACUUUAUUAAUCCCUCGGGUAGAUUCCUCUGGGGAUGAUCCUUAUCAGUAUUAUAAUGCAUUAUGAAAGGUUUUAGAGCAUCCGUAAUGCAUCAUAUGGCUAUAAUGUGUUAUGCCUUUUUAUAAAUAGUUAUAGCCAUGUGUAUAACACUUUAUGAAUAAAUUAUAAUGCAUUUUGAAGGUAUCUAUAAUGCAUUAUGCAUGAGUGCUUUAAGUAUUGUUACCAAAAGACCUUCUACAGUGACGAGAGAAUAACAUUGUAAACUACAUUAAAAUAAUGUGGUAUAUCGCUUAUUCUGCAGCAGUCUGAACUUACACUUGUAGCCUGUCCUUAAUUCAGCCGCUUGUUACCAUCAUGUUCUUUUUUUUUUGAGACAACAUGAGAAUGUUGACAUAUUUGUUGCUGAAAAUCAGUCUAUGUUCUAUGGUUCUAUGAUUAAUCUGCUUUCAUUCAUAAAGCAUCAUACGUUUUUUUUUGCUAUUUACAUAUCGUUCUGAAGCUCCUCUAAAUAGCUUUCUAUAAUGUAAAGACCUUGUGAAAGGAAGAUAUGUACAGAACAUGAUAGUAAUAAAAUUGUAUAUUGUACAAUUCCUGUUUUAACCAAGAAACUAGCCACUGAGAAUCACUGCUUUCCCAGUCCUAAAAGUCGAUAACCAAAGCACUGUGCUUCAAUAAAGAGGAAAUGUAGCUUUGA